AUGAUACCAACUGAUCUCCUGGAAGAGACAAGAGAAUUAGAUAGUUUUAAUGUAGAGAAUAAUGAUAAGCCAUUUGAAGAUGCUAUUUUAUUGGCAGAAACUCAUGCUUCUGAUGCAAAAAUUAGAUGGAUAUUUCAAUUUUGGUUUCAACUUCUUGAUAUCAUUGAAGAAGGUCACAUGAAUCAGAAAUUGGACAAUGCUACAGCAGCACAAGGUUAUGAAUUUGGUACAGCUGAAAACUCUGGUCAAGAUUCUAAGCCUCAUUAUGAUAAAUCCAUAUCUGAUUUUAUAAAAGUAGUGAAAGUAAUCUGUGUCCAACAUUCAGUAUGUGCCGUUGCUAUUAAUACUGCUGCUGGAGGAAUGCUUGAUGACAACCUGCAUUCAGCAUUGAAAACAAUACCUAUUGUUGGAUUAUAUAUAGUUGAAUAUACAAUCAAAGUACAUGUGAUUUAUUAUCUUGGCAAUGGUGUAUGGGUAUUUGAUGAAGUUGAUAGCUGUACUUUACAAACCUAG